UAUUUUAGCAGUUCAGUGCUGAAACCUGUUUCAGGGCUGAUGUUUAAAAUGAGGUGGUGGCUGCUUUCCCUCCUCUUUGACAGCUGAAUUUUUCCUCAAGGUUUGAUGAUCAGCACUGGAGGAGCCAGGGAAUUUUGUUACAACUGGCAUUCUUUUUUUAUUAUCAUUUAAAUGUCAUCCAUGGACAUUUCUCCUUCUGCUUCAGCAUCAUUGUCUUGCUCACAGAUAUUAAGACUAAGAAGCUUGAUUCUCUAAGGCUCAUAUCCAAGGGCAUCAGUCAUUAACACACUGAGCUACAUCUGCUUCUUGGCUAAGACUGAAGAAAAGACAUCUUAAGCUGGAAAUCCUGCCUGCUCUCUCUGCCUUUCUCUGUGUCUCUAGCACGCACUCGCGCGCACACACACACACAGAGGCACAGAACAGGAGGCAUAUACUGCAGCAGGUCCUUUUUUUUAUUCCAAAAGGCUGCCUCACUUUGGAGAUGCGGUGACAAGAUAAUGAAGUAAAAGUCUCCUAUUGCAAGGAAGAAAAUUAUAGGAGUCAGCUAGUGAAAGGAAAGAACAAGUUAAAUAGCAGUAGCAAUAGAAGAGGAAAGGAAGGAAGACAGUGGUUAAGAAUUUAAAAAAGAAAAUAGAGGAAACAGGUGGAAGGCUGACAAGACGCUGGGAGGUAUUUUAAGCUAAACAGUGUCUUUUUCUUUCAUUCUUGUAUUUGAUAAGCAGUUUUUGAAGCAUCCAGACCUAAGCAGGGCUGCCUGAGCAUAGCAGCUUCCCAAACGUGUCUUUUCUGUCUCCCUGGCUGCUGCUGCUGCUGCUACUACUGUUGCUGCUGCUCACAGAAACGUGUUAGGAAAGCAGAAAGAGAAAAUGCCAGCCAUCCUGGUAGCCUCCAAAAUGAAAUCAGGACUACCUAAACCUGUACACAGCGCUGCUCCCAUCCUACAUGUGCCGACGGCCAGGACCAUUCCUCAGCCCUGUUACCUGAAGUUUGGGAACAAGGUGGAGGUCACCAAGCCAUCCUAUUCCAGCCAGAUACCCCUCAAGUCUCCUCCUGGACAUGAGAAUGCAGGAGAUGGACUCCCACCAAGGAAGAAUAGCCCUGUAGAAAAUGGAUUUGAUAUGCAGAUUUAUACGGAUUGGGCUAAUCACUAUCUAGCGAAAUCUGGCCAUAAACGCUUGAUAAAGGACCUGCAGCAAGAUGUGACUGAUGGAGUCUUACUGGCUGAAAUCAUCCAGGUUGUAGCAAAUGAAAAGAUUGAAGACAUCAAUGGCUGUCCAAAGAAUAGGUCUCAAAUGAUUGAAAACAUAGAUGCAUGCCUGAGUUUCUUGGCUGCCAAGGGAAUUAACAUACAGGGUCUUUCAGCAGAAGAAAUCAGGAAUGGGAAUCUAAAGGCCAUUUUAGGUCUUUUCUUCAGUCUGUCUCGAUACAAGCAGCAGCAGCAGCAGCCACAGAAACAGCAUCCACAGCACCAUCCAUCCCAGCAACCUUCUGCAGUAUCCCAGCAAGCAGGACCUCCAUCUCAGUGCCAGAUCGGGGUGCAGCAACAGCAACCACAACCACAACAGGUGCUGGCUUCACCCCAAACACAGUGCCAACAACCCCAGCAAGCUGCACAUCAUCAGUUAAAAGCACAACCAGAAAUGCAGUCAAGACUUCCAGGUCCUACCACGAGGGUGUCCGCUGCAGGCAGUGAAGCCAAAACUCGUGGUUCUAUCAGUGCCAACAAUCGGCGCAGCCAGAGCUUUAACAACUAUGACAAAUCCAAGCCUGUAAACCUACCACCAACACCAUCCAGCAGCAAUGAAAAAGAGCCAGAAGACAGUACAGCCUCUCAGCCGACAGGAAUGAAUGAAAAUGUACCAUCUUCAGUUCAAAGCUGCAGCACUACAAAUGUUGUUAGUUGCAAUAACUCAUCGGCCAUACCCCAGCCCAGCUCUGCCAUUAAGCCCUGGCGUAGCAAGUCCCUUAGCGCUAAGCACACAGCCACGUCUUCCAUGUUAUCUGUAAAGCAGCCAGUGCCAGAGUCUCCCAAACCACCAACGGAAAUGGUCAAAGCAACUCCUAAUGGACAAAAAUCCAUGCUUGAGAAAUUAAAACUCUUCAAUAGCAAAGGAGGCUCCAAAGCAGGUGGGACAACCCUGGAAGGUUCAGGGUCUCGGGAUAAUAGCUGUGAAAGACUUGAGACACUUCCCAGCUUUGAGGAAAGUGAGGAGAUUGAUGCUGCAAACCGGAAUGUGAAUAAUCCAGGACCAACAUCCAGUAGUCCCAAAAUUGCACUCAAGGGAAUUGCACAAAGAACUUUUAGCCGCGCACUGACUAAUAAGAAAAGUUCCCCAAAGGGCAGUGAGAAACAGAAAGAGAAGCAGAAAGAGAAAGAAAAGGAUAAAAGUAGAGACAUGGUAAAAAGAACAUCUGUAACGGAGAAGCUGGAUGUGAAAGAGGAGCCAAAAGAAGAACAGACAGCACCAGCUGCAACAGAGAUGCCAAAAAAGUCCUCAAAGAUUGCAAGCUUUAUCCCUAAAGGAGGAAAGCUGAAUAGUGCCAAGAAGGAGGCCUCUGCUCCUUCGCACAGUGGAAUACCAAAACCAGGAAUGAAAACCACCACAGGGAAAUCCUCAAGUGCCCCAACUUCUUCAAAGGAAGGUGAGAGAAGCCGCAGUGGGAAACCUGGCUCAGGGCUCUCUCAUCAGAAGACCCAACUAGACAGCAGGAAUUCCAGUUCCACUUCAAGUUUAGCCUCCUCAGAAGGAAAAGGGAUAGGAGGGGUAUCUGCUCUUAGCAGCAGCAGCAGCACCCAAGCUGUCAGUGGGCCAGCUAGUACCACACAGACUACAGGAAGCAAUACUGUGAGUGUUCAGCUACCUCAUCCCCAACAGCAAUACAGCCACCCGAACACUGCCACAGUUGCGCCGUUCAUGUACAGAUCACAGACAGACACUGAAGGGAAUGUAACGGCUGAGUCCAGCACCGGAGGGGUGAGCAUGGAUUCUGCCCUUUACACUAAAACUGGACAGCCUGGUCUUGAAGACCUUUCAGGGGAGGAUCCAGAAACACGUCGCUUGCGAACUGUGAAGAACAUUGCUGAUCUUCGACAAAACUUAGAGGAGACGAUGUCCAGCUUACGGGGAACCCAGGUUACUCAUAGCACAUUGGAGACUACAUUUGACACCAAUGUCACAACUGAAAUAAGUGGUCGCAGUAUUCUCAGCUUGACGGGAAGACCAACGCCUUUAUCAUGGAGACUUGGACAAUCAAGUCCCCGCCUUCAGGCAGGUGAUGCUCCAUCGAUGGGAAAUGGAUAUCCGCCAAGAGCUAAUGCAAGCCGUUUCAUCAAUGCUGAGUCUGGGCGUUAUAUGUAUUCAGCACCUUUGAGGAGACAGCUAGCAACCCGUGGUAGUAACGUUUGCCAUGUGGACAUCUCAGACAAGGCUGGUGAUGAAAUAGAUCUUGAAGGCAUCAGCAUGGAUGCCACUGGCUAUAUGAGUGAUGGUGAUGUUCUGAGCAAGAAUAUAAGAACUGAUGACAUUACAAGUGGAUACAUGACUGAUGGUGGAUUGGGCCUCUACACUCGAAGAUUAAAUCGGCUGCCUGACGGUAUGGCUGCAGUGAGGGAGACACUUCAGCGUAACACUUCCCUGGGACUAGGAGAUGCUGACAGCUGGGAUGACAGCAGCUCUGUCAGCAGUGGGAUCAGUGACACCAUAGACAACCUUAGCACCGAUGAUAUUAACACCAGCUCCUCCAUCAGCUCCUAUGCCAACACACCUGCCUCUUCCCGUAAAAAUUUGGAUGCACAGACUGAUGCAGAAAAGCAUUCUCAGGUUGAGCGGAAUUCCCUGUGGUCUGGUGACGAAGUUAAGAAAUCAGAUGGAGGAUCAGAUAGUGGCAUAAAAAUGGAGCCUGGAUCUAAGUGGAGGCGGAAUCCCUCUGAUGUGUCUGAUGAAUCUGAUAAAAGCACUUCUGGUAGGAAGAACACAGUUAUUUCACAGACUGGUUCCUGGAGACGGGGCAUGUCAGCUCAGGUUGGCAUUACUACACCAAGGACUAAAUCUUCAGCCACUUCAGGCACAUUAAAGACACCUGGAACAGGGAAAACUGAUGACGCCAAGGUAUCAGAAAAGGGUAGACUUUCUCCUAAAGCUGGACAUGUAAAACGUUCCCCAUCAGAUGCAGGACGCAGUAGUGGUGAUGAAUCCAAAAAGCCUCCCACAAGUAACUCUAGGACAGCUGCUGCUAAUACAAACACAUUUGGAUUUAAGAAACAAAGUGGGUCAGCUGUAGGCAUGACUGUGAUUACUGCCAGUGGGGCAACUAUCACCAGCAGAUCAGCCACACUGGGCAAAAUCCCCAAAUCAUCUGGACUCAUGGGUAGAUCCACUGGUCGGAAGACUAGUGUUGAUGGCUCACAGAACCAGGAUGAUGGUUACCUAGCACUUAGUGCUCGAACUAAUCUUCAGUAUCGUAGUUUACCUCGGCCUAGUAAAUCCAGCAGCAGAAGUGGAGCUGGUAAUAGGUCUAGUACCAGUAGCAUAGACUCCAACAUUAGCAGCAAGUCAGCUGGUUUACCUGCCCCUAAAAUCAGAGAGCCUGUUAAGGUAGUUCUUGGAAGCUCUUUGCCAGGAUUAAUCAACCAGACAGAUAAAGAGAAAGGGAUCUCGUCUGACAACGAAAGUGUGGCCUCAUGUAAUUCUGUUAAAGUGAACCCUGCAUCACAGACUGCUUCUAGUGGAGCUCAAAGUACCCACCAGCAAGGAACCAAGUACCCUGAUGUGGCCUCUCCCACUUUGCGCAGACUUUUUGGUGGCAAGCCAAAUAAACAGGUUCCUAUCACAACAGCUGAAAAUAUGAAAAAUUCAGUGGUCAUCUCCAAUCCUCAUGCUACCAUGAACCAGCAAGGGAACCUUGAUUCUCCCUCUGGCAGCGGUAUACUGAGCAGUGGGGGCAGCAGUCCCCUUUACAGUAAGAACAUGGACAUGAACCAGUCUCCAUUAGCCUCUAGUCCCAGUUCAGCACAUUCAGCUCCUUCGAACAGUUUAACUUGGGGUACCAACGCAAGUAGCUCUUCUGCUGUUAGUAAGGAUGGAAUUGGAUACCAGUCUGUCAGUAGUCUUCACACGAGCUGUGAAUCCAUUGAUAUAUCUCUGAGCAGUGGAGGUGGGCUGAGUCAUAACUCAUCCAGUGGUUUGAUCACAACUUCUAAAGAUGAUUCGCUGACUCCUUUUGUCAGAACCAACAGUGUUAAGACAACAUUGUCUGAGAGGUACACUCCUUCAUCCCAACUUCGUAGUCAAGAGGAUGCAAAAGAAUGGCUACGUUCACAUUCAGCAGGAGGUCUGCAGGAAACUGCUGCCAAUUCUCCAUUUUCAUCUGGCUCAAGCAUAACGUCACCAUCUGGUACUAGGUUCAACUUCUCCCAGCUUGCGAGCCCUACUACUGCAGCCCAGAUGAGCUUGUCAAAUCCGACCAUGCUACGGACACACAGCCUUUCCAAUGCAGAUGGUCCUUAUGAUCCCUACAGUGACACACGUUUCCGGAACAGUUCAAUGUCACUGGAUGAGAAAAGCAGAACUAUGAGUCGCUCUGGGUCAUUCCGCGAUGGCUUUGAAGAAGUGCAUGGGUCCUCUCUCUCUCUGGUGUCUAGUACAUCCUCUAUUUAUUCAACUCCUGAAGAAAAAUGCCAGUCAGAGAUUCGCAAGCUACGAAGAGAGUUGGAUGCAUCCCAAGAGAAGGUGUCAGCUCUGACAACUCAACUGACUGCCAACGCUCACCUUGUGGCAGCAUUUGAACAGAGCCUUGGGAACAUGACAAUUAGACUACAGAGUUUGACUAUGACAGCAGAACAAAAGGAUUCAGAACUGAAUGAAUUACGGAAAACCAUUGAGCUUUUAAAGAAGCAAAAUGCUGCUGCUCAAGCUGCCAUUAAUGGAGUAAUUAAUACACCUGAGCUCAACUGCAAAGGUACUGGAACUACCCAACCUGCUGACCUGCGGAUUCGAAGGCAACAUUCUUCAGAUAGUGUCUCUAGUAUUAAUAGUGCUACUAGUCAUUCAAGUGUGGGAAGUAACAUAGAGAGUGAUUCAAAGAAAAAGAAGAGAAAGAACUGGUUACGCAGUUCCUUCAAGCAAGCUUUUGGUAAAAAGAAAUCACCCAAGUCAGCAUCUUCUCAUUCAGACAUUGAGGAGAUGACUGAUUCUUCCUUACCUUCAUCACCAAAGCUACUGCACAACAACUCAGCUGUUUCUACACCAUUGUUGAGAGCUUCUCAUUCAAAUUCUCUUAUUUCUGAAUGCACCGACAGCGAGGCUGAAACAGUCAUGCAGUUACGCAAUGAGCUGAGAGACAAAGAGAUGAAACUGACUGAUAUUCGUCUGGAGGCUCUUAGCUCUGCCCACCAGCUAGACCAGCUUCGGGAGGCAAUGAACAGGAUGCAGAGUGAGAUUGAAAAGUUAAAAGCAGAAAAUGAUCGGUUGAAGUCUGAAAACCAUGGUAGCUGUAGCAGGGCUCAGUCUCAGGUUUCCAUUUCAUCCUCUCCAAGACACUCAGUGGGUCUCUCUCAGCACAGCUUGAACCUCACAGAGUCUACCAGUCUCGACAUGCUGUUAGAUGACCCUGGUGAUGGCUCUGUCCGAAAAGAAGGAGGCAGGCAUGUUAAAAUAGUUGUCAACUUUCAGGAUGAAAUGAAAUGGAAAGAGGAUUCCAGAUCCCGUACCUUCCUCAUUGGUUGCAUUGGAGUCAGUGGCAAGACAAAAUGGGAUGUGUUGGAUGGGGUGGUUAGACGCUUGUUUAAGGAAUAUAUCAUCCAUGUAGAUCCAGCAAGUCAGCUAGGGCUGAAUUCAGACAGUGUUCUGGGCUACAGCAUUGGAGAAAUCAAACGCACAAAUAGUGCAGAGACACCCGAGCUGCUGCCCUGUGGCUAUCUGGUUGGGGAAAACAACACCAUCUCAGUUGCUAUCAAAGGUAUCAGUGAAAAUAGUUUGGACUGUCUGGUGUUUGAGUCACUGAUUCCAAAACCUAUACUACAGCGAUAUGUUUCUCUCUUGAUGGAACAUAGAAGGAUUAUCUUGUCUGGCCCGAGCGGCACUGGUAAAACGUACUUAGCAAAUCGUCUGUCUGAAUACAUGGUACUUAGAGAGGGCCGGGAGCUGACUGAUGGAGUUAUAGCAACUUUCAACGUGGAUCAUAAAUCCAGUAAGGAACUUCGCCAAUACUUGUCCAACCUUGCUGAUCAGUGUAAUAGUGAAAACAAUGCUGUGGAUAUGCCUCUUGUCAUUAUUCUGGAUAACUUGCAUCAUGUUAGCUCCCUAGGAGAGAUCUUCAAUGGGCUUCUGAACUGCAAAUACCAUAAAUGUCCUUACAUUAUUGGCACAAUGAACCAGGCCACCUCCUCAACCCCUAACCUUCAGCUUCACCACAAUUUCAGAUGGGUGCUAUGUGCCAACCACACUGAGCCUGUCAAGGGCUUUCUUGCUCGUUUUUUGAGAAGAAAACUAAUUGAAACAGAAAUCAGUGGCAGGAUGAGAAAUGCAGAACUGGUUAAGAUCAUUGACUGGAUUCCCAAGGUCUGGCAGCAUCUCAACAGAUUCUUGGAGGCUCACAGUUCCUCUGAUGUUACUAUUGGUCCACGACUCUUCUUGUCCUGUCCAAUAGAUGUAGAUGGUUCUAGAGUCUGGUUUACUGACCUGUGGAACUAUUCCAUUAUCCCAUAUCUUCUGGAGGCAGUCAGAGAAGGACUACAGCUGUAUGGAAGGAGAGCUCCCUGGGAGGAUCCUGCCAAAUGGGUAAUGGACACGUAUCCAUGGGCAGCCACCCCACAGCACCAUGAGUGGCCUCCUCUGCUGCAGCUGCGGCCUGAAGAUGUUGGAUUUGAUGGCUAUUCUGUGUCUCGAGAAGGCUCAACCAGCAAACAGGUUCCACCAAGUGAUGCUGAAGGAGAUCCAUUGAUGAACAUGCUAAUGCGACUGCAAGAGGCAGCUAACUAUUCGAGUCCUCAGAGCUAUGACAGUGACUCCAACAGCAACAGCCAUCAUGAUGACAUCCUUGAUUCAUCCUUGGAGUCAACAUUAUGAUCUUCAGCAGACAAAAAGAUUGUUUCCCAUUUUGCAAGAAUCCUGAUCAAAAAACACUAAGGAAGAUAACUUGUUACCGGACUGGGCAAACGUCUCAGUAUUAGAGCUGCAAGAACAGCAAGACACUUUAUACGAGUCAGUCUUGAACCUGGGUGCAGGCAACCCAAACAACCUUUGUAUUUUUUUUUAUAUAAUGAUAUGAACUGCACUAUUUCUUUGUUUUGUUCUGUUUAGUUGCUGUACGCUCUCAUGCCUAAGAUACUGAAGACAUUUAAAAAAAGCAUUCUCACAAUUGAAAAAAAAAGAAAAAGAGGGCAGGGGGGGAAAUCCUUUGCAGCUAUGAAAUGAACAGCUUUGUGCCAUGUACUGUCCAGGAAGAGAGGGGAGGGAAGUUCUCUGCAUAUGCUGCUUCUGACCAAACACAUGUAGGUGAGGGCUGGACUUUUACCAAUUAGCUUUGCAGACUAAACUCAGCUGCAGAUAGUUCUGGUGCUAAAAUACAUUGCUUUCCUAGGUAAUAAUGUUCUGUCAAAGGCAAUGCUGCAAAAAACAGGGACAUUUGAAAUACAUAUUAAAAAAAAAAAGCUGCUCUUGCCAGUCUGAGACCUUGUCUUUCUUUGCUCUAUUUCACCGUGUGUUUAUAGAAAUAUACAUAAAUAUAAAUAUGAAUAUGUAUAUAUACAGUCUAAACAAAUCAGGUUUUAUCAAACACUGUGUAACAAACAAUUCUACAAAACUUGAAAGACUGAGUACCCCUCUGACAUUAGGACAUGAUUCUUUUCUUCCUUACACCCAUGUAAAUCCAAUGACUUCAGUGUACUCCAGAUUUACACUAGUAUAAGAGACCAAAUUGACCCUUCUGCAGAGAGACAGCAAACAGACUGUAUCCUAUAUAAUUCUACAGUUUAAAUGCUACUGCAGCAGAGUUACAUUGGGCUCUCUGUAUUUUGGGGUUAGGGGUGGAUUUCUCACGUGAAAAAAAUAAUCAGACCUCUGGUUUUUAAUUUUUGCAUUAAAAUAGUAUGGCUUUUGUCAAUUUUCUCUCACUGACCAUUACAGCCCCAAAUGGGUGCAGUAAAACUCAAAAGUCCAGUGUUACUCUGGUAACAUUAUUUAUUCUGUCUCUUUUUUUUUCAACUGCAGAAUGUAGUGUUCUAGUAGUUCACCUGAACAGUCUUACUUAGGCCUGAAAACAAAGGAAGAGAGGGAGUACUAUCUUUUUAAGGUUUAAAAUGGGCCAUGCUCUUGCAUUCUGACUGAGCUGUGAACCUGGUUCUAUUUCUCCUCCUCCUGUCCAAACGCACACAAAUACAAUUUCAGUGUUAAGGCUUGUACAUCUGUUGAGGAGUAAGAACACCUCAAAAGAAUUGCACUUUCCUUUUUGUGGGAGCAAAUACUGACAAAUACAUCACCACAAGUCAGCUGUCUCAGGCUGUACCUCAGCAAGAAUCGCAGUCCUCAGCACUGAUUUGUACAAGCCUUUCCAGCUAUCUUUUGGUGCUGAACUUUAAAGCGAUGCCUUACUUCUUUUGUACUAAUUGUGUUAAUUACAUUAGUGCUGUAUAUUAUGAGUUUUUAUUUAAAUAAACAAACAGGGCUAAAGUCAUCUCUUGGAAUACGAUAAGUUGCUGUGAAUAUUGUUUGUAUGAGAUACUAGAUUUUGUUUAAAUGUAACAGUAACAAAGGAGGAAAAUGAGACAACUUUUCAGGUUCAUAUCAUCUGCAGCUAAUAGUUCACUGGACAGCUGUUUAUCUAAUACAGGAAAAAAAAAAGCUUUUCUAUGAUAAUAAAUGCCGUCACUAGUAAACUAUAGGAAAGCAAUUGCUGUUUUUUCAGUGUACAGGUAGAAAAACUUAUUACAAACACUUUUUUAAGAGCGUGUUAAUCCUUGUGGGUUUAAAAUAAUGUAACAGACAAGUUCAUGCUUCUGUCACUCAGUUUGAGAGGAUAGUUUUAUUAUACCUCAUGACUUUCUACUCUCUGUGACAUGACUGUACUUACUUUUUUGUCUUUUGUCCAAUGAGAGCUGAUACUGAAUCUGCUCCUGUUACAGCUUUUGAGUGCUGAUAACCUUUUUAAAAAAAAUGUAAAAGAAUAAUUAGCGAUGUUGGGGGGGCGGGACUUAUCCACUUAUGUCACUGGUUUAUCUUAGCUGAACUCUAUUUCAUUUGAACGAAAUACCCAGGGUUACUCAACCAACCGUAUAAAUCCAGUUCACAUUAUUGUAGAGUAAGCUUCAUUAAUAUAGAACUUUCCCUAGCCGUGCUGAUGAUUUCAAGAGUAGCUAAUGGCUAAAAACAGAUGUUGGAUUUCUCCCAGGACAAAACCUUUUGUAUGAAUGGACAAGCCUGUUGUCCCACAUGAAGUACCUGUUAAGUAUCCGGAUUAUCACGUUGCACUGGGACAAUACCAGCUCAUUUGAUUUAAUUGGCAUUCAAGCUAAACAACUGUCCUGCACCUGUUUUGAUUGGAGUCACAACCUAGGACAGUCAGCCCAGAGAUAAACCCAAGGUCUGUUUUGAGCCAAUUUCUCAACAGCCUAACAGUUCUGCUUCCCAACACUGACUUUGACUGUUACUACUAUGAAACCAAGUAAAGAAUAAGUACCUGAACCUGCAUCUGAAUCCAUUCAGAUAGACUUUUAAGCUUGUAUGGAUCUAAUUGCAGGACAGGGACCUAAAGAGACUUAACAUUAUACACUUCUCAGCUACCCUUUAACUGAUUCCUCCAGAUACAUUUGAAACUCUGGGCAUGCCUACGCUCUCUGUAGACCAUGCUAAGGUUCUCUGCCAUGAAGCAUAAUGUAUAAUGUUGCUGUCUCCAGCACUGGGCAAGCAUUAAUUAGCACUUCUAAAACAAGGAGCUCAUUGGCACAUGCCCUGCAUUGCACGAAUACAAAACACUGGUGUGCUGUGCUUCCUGGCAGAGAUCCCCAGCACAGUCCUUGGAGGCCAUAGAUGUGCCUUGUGUGCCAUUUUGGUUGCCAUUUUUCUUUUCCCCAAACCUAUGCUCAGACACAGGAGAUGCUCAGUCAUUCCAAUGCCAAUCUAUUUCUGUGUCACUGACAGUAGUUUGGGUUACUGUAAGGAGAGGGCUUUGCGUCAUUUUAAGCAUCACAAAACUCAGUAUACUUUCUGCAAUUUUGGGAAGCAGGGUUACCUGUUGUGCAUAUUUCUUACUUUUCAUCAAGUAUUUAGCAGAGCCUGUCUCUCUCUUGCUAUAUCUGCUUUUUCCUUUUUUAAUUACUUCUUAUUCGUUUAAGGCUUGUCCUUUUGGGGUUUGGGGGUUUUUUUGCCUUUUUUCUACAAAGUUCUACAUUAAAACAAAGAUAAAUAAAACUAACAAACAAAAAAUACCCAACAAAUAAACUCUAUGAUUCUAUGCAACAUUUAUGUUGAGUUAAAAACAGAAAGCUUAAACAGUUAGUUUCCUUUCCUUCAGAACUGCCAAGAAUUGUACAGGACAUAAAUGAGAUGGGGAAACAUUUUUGGUUUGAGGGGAGGGUGUUGAUGAACCUUUUUUGUACAUUUUGGAAAAGAAACUGAUAUUUCAUUGUUGAUGCUUACCUUUGGUAUUCUGUGUAUUGAAUCUUGUCUAAAUGUGACAAUUCUCUUUCAAGAAAAAAAACAAAAACAAAACAAAAAAUCUUUCUUUGUGGAUAUUAAAUGGAAGGUUGCUGUUUUGAUCUAGUCGUUUCCAGUGGAACAGUUUAUGAAAUAUGUUCUAUAAGAUGUACAUUUUUUCAUUGUAACAUAGAAAUGUAAAUAUUUGAUUAAAAGUGCUGCAUUUUGAUGAAUUUUUUCUAGCCAUUUUUAAAGAGAAAACUAGGAAUUGAGUAUUUUGUGUACGGUAUGAUGUUUUCCAUCUUCUCCCCUCCCUAUUUAAUUUUCAGUUGUCAUUUAGGAUCAGAAUUUGCAAAUGGUCUGUUUGAGAUCAUGCCUCCUGCCCCUCCCCUGCCCCUGUGUCAUGGAGAAUAAAGCUGAUGAUUGUACCAGUCUUAAAUUAUUCAUGAUUCAAUAAAAUUGAUGCUUAUUUAUUCAGA